AUGGAACAUCAAUUUUAUCUUCAUAAUGUCGAUCAUAAUGGUUCAAUAGCUCCACUUGAUUUUGAAAUGCUUGCUAAUAAACUUUCAACAUUUAUUGGACAAGGAGAUCACAAACAAUGUGAAGAUUAUGCAAAUGCACAUAAAACUCUUUGUUUAGAAAUAAUGAGAGCUGAUCCUAAUCAAGAUGGAAAAGUAAUAUUAGAUAAUACACUUCAAGAAUAUCUAUCAACAAUAUUCAUUUAA